UUUCGUUCCAUCAAGUAUAAACAAUUAUUGUUCUCAUAUCACCUCGUUAAGAAGACAGUGCUUUGACAAAAUGCAAAAAACCAUUCUAUACCUUCUGUCAGCUUGCUCAGCUGUUCUCGCCCAGAACCCUGUGCUCUUUGACUCUUAUACCGAUGCAAGAUGUGCUGGUGGAAUCGUUGUUGGGACCACAGUUGUUCAGCCAGGCGAUUGUACCAGCUCCACUGCAGCGUUUGCCAGUGCUCAGUAUAGAGGCAGCCAAUUCGACAAUGUUCAGCAGCCUGUCUCAUUUUAUAGUGACGAGAAUUGCGUAAAUGAGAUUACGGGAGUCGCAAGUGAGCUGGGCGAUGGUUACAACUGCUUUACUUUCAACAACGGCCAAGCGAAGAGUGCCAAGUGGUUGACAUAGGGAUCACUUUAGCGAGCACACACAUGCUCAUCACAAUUAUUUUGUAUGGAUGUUGUUAUGUAAAAGAGUCAACGGGUCUUUUGGGUAACGUGACAUAGCUCUUACUUCAAUGGAUACAUUCAUAACAC